AUGUCGCUCGCUCCUCCGCGGAAAGGCGAAAAUUGGGAGCUCAGGCAACAACUCAACUCGGAGUAUCGAGACAAAAGGGCAGAUGCAAUCAAGAGAGUCAUUGCGAAUCACACGAUUGGAAAGGAUUGUAGUGGAUUGUUCCCAGAUGUCGUCAAAAACAUGCAAACAGACGAUCUGGAGCAGAAAAAGCUGGUGUACUUGUAUCUGAUGAAUUAUGCCAAAACUCAGCCAGAGUUGGUCAUUCUCGCAGUCAACACCUUUGUCAAGGACACUGCCGAUCCGAAUCCCCUUGUUAGAGCUCUCGCUAUCCGAACAAUGGCUGUCCUGCGGACAGAGAAGACUCUCGAUUACCUCGCUUCCCCACUCUCCACAUGUCUGAAAGACGAGAACCCUUAUGUCCGAAAGACUGCAGCGCUAUGUGUCGCCAAAGUAUUCGACCUGAAACCUGAACUGUGUAUCGAAUAUGGAUUCAUCGAGACGUUGAGGGAUCUCAUUGGAGACGGUAAUCCAAUGGUCGUCGCCAACGCCGUGACCGCCCUCGGAGACAUUCACGAAACUUCACUCACACUCCCUACCUCCCGUCCAGCAUCACCUGGUGGCUCUACACCUCCUCCUUCUGCUCGUCCAUCCCAGUCUUUGUUCAUUAUCGACGGUCCGACACUCACCAAACUCCUCGUCGCCCUUGGAGAGUGCUCGGAAUGGGGCAGGAUAGCGAUCUUGGGUACGCUUGCGCGGUACAAAGCUCAGGAUGAGAAGGAGAGCGAGCACAUCUGUGAGCGAGUCAUGCCGCAGUUCCAACACAACAAUGCUGCGGUGGUCCUCGGCGCGGUGAAGGUCAUCAUGAUACAUAUGAAGAAUGUGACUCGAGAGGAUUUGAUCAAGUCUUUGACGAGAAAGAUGGCUCCGCCUCUAGUAACCCUCAUAUCCUCAGCUCCAGAAAUUCAAUGGGUUGCCUUACGAAACAUCAACUUGUUAUUACAAAAGCGUCCGGACAUAUUGGCCAACGAGAUGCGUGUGUUUUUCUGCAAAUACAAUGAUCCACCGUAUGUCAAGGUGGAGAAAUUGGAUAUCAUGGUCAGACUAGCGAGCGAGAAGAACGUCGAUACGCUCCUGGGCGAGUUGAGAGAAUACGCCUCUGAAGUCGAUGUGGACUUUGUUCGUAAGGCCGUUAGGGCCGUGGGUCAGGUCGCAAUCAAGAUCGAGGCCGCUGCAGAGAGAUGUGUGACUGUCUUGAUGGAUUUGAUUGAGACGCGGGUCAGCUAUGUUGUUCAGGAAGCCGUCAUCGUCAUCAAGGACAUCUUCCGGAAGUAUCCUCAUAGUUACGAGGGGAUCAUACCAGCACUCUGUGCGAACCUCGAUGAGUUGGACGAACCCGAGGCCAAAGCGUCUUUGAUCUGGAUCAUCGGAGAAUACGCAGAGAAAAUUGAGAACGCGGCAGAGCUGCUGGGUACAUUCCUCGACGCGUUCAAGGAGGAGUCUUAUCCCGUCCAAUUACAAACACUCACGGCCAUCGUCAAAUUGUACUUGAAGAAACCAGAAGAAUCACAGGUCGUCGUUGAGCGGGUGUUAAAAGCAGCUACCAAAGACUGUGACAGUGCAGAUGUGAGGGAUCGAGCCUUUAUCUACUGGCGUCUACUUUCAACCGAUGCUUCAGUGGCCAAGUCCGUGGUGCUGUCUGUCCGCCCGCCGAUCAGUCUACCGCAGACUACUGUGGCGCCUGCCAUUCUGGAGGAACUGAUCGGCGAGAUAUCAUCCCUGGCCAGUGUGUACCACAAGCCCGCCGCGACAUUCAUCGGCAAGGGCCGCUUUGGAGCCGACGAGAUGCAGAAGCGCGCCAUCGAUCCUGAGGAGGAAUUAUCUCGCGAGAAAGCACUGCAGACCGUUGUGCAAGGCCAACAAGCAGAGAACUUGCUCGACUUUGAUGCCGAUGAGCCUUCGUCUGCUCCAUCAAACAGAGACGAAGACUUUUUAGCCGCUGCUGCCCCUGGCGGGAUCUCCCAAGCCGCCAUUGCAUCCGCCGCUAAGUCCAGUAAUCCACUGGACGAGCUCAUGGAUCUGUUCUCCAGUGCAAGUAUGGCCGCUCCCGUUUCCGCACCUACCGGUAUGCCUCAGGCUUCAGCAUCGGCGUCGAAUGGCUUAGGUGGACUUGGAGGCAUGUCGGGUGGACUGGAGGAUUUAAUGAGCCCGCAUAGUGCUAGUCCUGUAUCGAACGUGCAGGCACCGAGCAAGCCUCAGGCUCAACAAAGUCAUACCGGCGGGGCAGAAGAAGAUCUGUUGGGCCUACUGUAG